GAUUUCCGCAAUCCGAAUCCGGAUCGUGCUCCGAGCGGACAGUGUAGCCGUCGGGUCACCGAUACAUGCAUCCAUUGUUCCAGCUGGCAGGCAGCCUCACCGUUGUCCAUCUCAUCUCCGGUUCCUCAACCAUGGCUCACUCGACCGCUUCAUGCUCUUCAGGAUCUGAUACCGAACUAGACUUAUGGGCAGAAUUCCCAGAUGCUGGAGGAGAUGGACCGUCUGAAAAUAAACCACGAAUAGGUCAAGAUGGACCGUCUGAAAACAAGCCAUCAACAGGUCAACCAGCCGACCAACCACUAGACACCCCUCAUCGAAUCAAACGUUCAAGCUCGACCGAGGAAACCGCUAUCGAUCCAAUACCACACAAAUCGUCGGAGAAACGUGCCCGUGAACCCGAUGAUCAGGACAAGUCGAACGAUCGUCCUCUCAAGAUCCAAUCCACCUCUUCCCACAGCCCUCAAACUCAAAAACCAUCUAAAAGCUCACCAAUGAACCCGAAAAGCUCACCAAUUAACCCCAAAAACUCACCAAUGAACCCUAAAAGCUCACCAAUAAAUCCACCAGCAGCUACGAAAAAUGAAGACUCCGAUUCUCAAUCUCUCGGAAAUUUGACCUGUGCCAUCUGCCUCAGCGCGCCCUCGCCCGCAGUAGUCACCAAAUGUGGACAUGUGACGUGUGGGGAAUGUCUAGCAUCUUCGAUUGUCUCACAACAUAACAGUUCAUAUGGCGUAUUUCCACCAUUUUUGCAACCGGUUGGAGCCCGAAUCAACAAUGGACAAUGUCCGGUUUGUCGGGCCCCUUUGGUCGGCGGAUGGGGCACUGCAAUGCGAGGAGUCAUCUUGAAAGUCCGAAAGGCUCCCUGAGUCUUUCUUCAAACUAUUGACAUUCUUCUGAAUCAUAACCCUUGCGGGAAAAGAGGAAGUGCCUGUUGUAGACUAUGUUUUGAUUUAUCUCUGUACUCGCAACCAACCCACUUCUUUCUACUCUAAGGAAGACUAUCAUUUAGUGCGUAUUUGUAUGUAUGUAAC